UGAAAGUUUAGUGAGAGCGCGCGUGGAUGCGCGCGAGGAUGGUGGAGAGCCGCAGCUGCGUUCAGAGGGAGGAGGUGUACCGCUGGUUCUCCGCGCUCACCUCCGCACGGAGAGCCGAGUUCCUGUGCGGCCUCCUGGACCUCUGCGUCCCCAUCGAGCUCCGCUUCAUCGGCGCGUGCCUGGAGGACUUGGCCCGCAAGGACUACCACUGCCUGCGGGAUGCGGAGAUCAAAGCCAACAACCCCGCCGACCUGGCGGCUCUCACCAACAUCACGGAUGAGGUGGUCCGCAGCAGGCUGCUGGUCUCCCUGGCGCUGCUGGGCUCGGACAACCGGGAGGCCGCCGGGGUUCUGUUCCGGACCCUGACCCACAUCGACUCGGUGAUCAACAACUACGGGCUGCCGCUGAGCGACGGGAGGACGGAGGAGCAGUUCCUGCUGCUCUUCACCAUGGCCUCCAACCAUCCUGCCUUCAGCUUCCACCAGAAGCAGGUGCUGAGGCAGCAGCUGGGGCAGAUCCAGGACCUCCUGCAGGCAAGUAAAGGUGGAGGAGAGGCUUCAGCAGCAGGACCUGCUGGUGCUCCAGCCGCCGUCUGUUAUCCCCUCCACACCCGCCAGGCCACUUCCCCGCCGCAGGCCGUGGCGUCCCCCGGAGCUGCCUGCCAUGCUCACUGCUCCUGCUGGAACAAGAGCCAAACCAGAGAGGCUGAGACCCCUUCAGGGGUUACCCUGGAGCCGGGAGACCAUGACCUUUCUGCUCACCCAGACCUCCGCCCUCCAACCCUCCCGCCGCCUGCAGGACAUCCAUACCCACCCUCGUCUGCCGGGCAGAAUGCAGCAGCAACCAAGAGCCAUCAGGGGAAACCUGGAAAGGCUGUGAUCGAGAGGGUGGCACUGCGAGGAAUGAGCGGUAAAGGAGAGGACGCCGCUGACUGCGUGUUUGAGGUGAGCUGGUCGGAUGGAUUUGUGUCGUCUGUUUCCAGAACUCAGCAGGAGGUGGCAGAACUCAUAUCACAGCUGUCACAGGUGUUUCCGGAGGAAGAGCUGGAGGUGGACCCCAGGUGUCUUGCAGCUCUGUCCGGGCCUGUUCUUCAGAGUCGCUGCGUCCAGCUGUUUUUCGCGUCCAGCAGGCCUCUGUCGCCCCGCCAGCCCUCCUCGCCCUCCUCCUCCACAGCCUCGACCUGUACGCUCACCUGCAGCUCAGAUCUCAGCUGUCUGCUGCAGUACAGAGGAGCAAACAGGGCGGUGUACAGAGUGGCCAGCGUCCAGCCCGUCAUCAGCACAAACAACUCUGUCUCCACCCGCUCCACCCCUCACAUUUCCUCCUUCCCACCUCCGCUUCCUCCCUCCAUUCAUCCCUCCAUGCAUUCACUCCCGACAUCCGCCCUCCCUCCUCACAUCCAAGCCCCGCCCACGAGGAGCUUGGCACCCAGCGAGGCCUCGUCCCAGCUGCAUCACACGUACGCUCAGCUGCAGCACCACCUUCCUCCACACGGCGGCGCUCAGCCCGCCCUGCACUCGCCGCAUUCCCAGCCACGCUCCCAGCCCCACACACUGCAGCCGGCGGCGCCGACCCAGUCCAGCAAGCCGGAGCAGAACGGCAUCCUGGACUGGCUUCGCAGACUCCGCCUACAUAAAUAUUACCCCGUUUUUAAACAGCUGACUAUGGAGGAGUUCUUAGCUCUGACAGAGGAGGACCUCAACAAGUACGACCUCACUCAGGGAGCAAAGAAGAAACUCAAGACGCAGCUGGAGCUGCAGAAGUUAGCAGACAGGGAGAUGAAGAUGGAGAAGCGGCCGUGCAGUGGCAUCGCCAGGGUGACCCCUACGAACCACGUGGGACCUUCAGCAGCGGAGCUGAGGGUGGAGGUGGACAGCGUGUCGCACCAUCAGCAGGCGUCCACAGACAGUAACUCCUCGUCAGGAUACUCCAGCUCCUCCUGCUCGCCGCGGACGCCACUCUGCUGUGACUCCGCCUUUGACCGCGUCAGAGACAUGCACAGGCGUGUUUCUGGGCCGUCGGCUGCAGACUCAGGCGCUCCAGAGAAGAGCGUCUUCAUGGUGAACUCCAGCUGUCCCACCGCCUCCACUCGCCCCACCGCCCAGGUCCUCCCCGUCCAAACGGAUCUGACUCCUCCUCUCCCCCCGUCAUGCUCCUCCCACCUCCCGUUCGGCGUUCCUCAGGCCUCGUUCCACCAGCUGCCCAGCUACCCUCAGUCCCUGCUCUCCCCGGUGUCCGUACGCAUCCUUUCGUCCCCGCGGAAGCCCCGCCCCCUGUGCACCGAUGUGGGCGGUGCCAGCUUCCCGUCGGCGCUUGGGGGGGAGGGGAGACUGGAGAACCUGUUCUCCGGGCUCAGCGUGGACGGCUCCUCGACUCCUCGGGAGUCCUGCCACGAACGCUCCGCCAGGGCCGUGGACCUGAUGGUAGAGACAAGCUCCGCCCCGACAUCCACCUCCAACAGCCUCCACCACGUCUCCCAGCCCCCCCUCCUCUUCCACCUCUCAUCCUCCUGCCCCCCCACCUCCCCUUCCUUCUCCUCCUCUUUCUCCUCCUCAAAGUCUUCCUCUCAGUCGGACAACCCCGGCCCUCCAGGUGGUUUUGUUUCCACGGUAACAGGAAGCUCAGUUCCAGUCGCUGCAGUUCCCGGAAAUGUUUACUUCCCACCCCAGCCCACCUCCAGCCCCUCCCCGUGCACCUCCUCCUCCUCUCUGGAUCAGAGGUCGGGUCACGGCCUCUCCCUAUGCGUCUGCAGCUCCUGCGGUUGUCACGGAAACUGCGGCACCUACAGCGCGCUGCCAGGUUACGCUGCCGCCAGCUACCUGCAGCCAUUUUCAUCUGGCUCCUCCCUCUUCACCCUGGCUCCUCUGCUCCACCUCACGCCCCUCGUGUCCUCCUCCAGCGCCGCCGGCUACGCAGCCCCGCCUUUUUCCUACCCCAUGAUGGGGCCCCCACCCGCUUACCGUCGUAGCCUGGCAUCACAAGACCCACAGCUGGGAUUUGGCUUCUACUCACCUCACAGCAUCAUGGGAAAUGGAGGCCAAAAGCGCACAGCAGGGAAUCUGUCGUGUUUCAACUGCGGCACCAGCGGACACCGAGCCGACGACUGCAAACAGCCGGCGGUGGAGUCCCUGCAGCGCGCGCCGUUCCGCCUGAAGUUCUCGCCUCAGUCCGACACCAAAGACUCUACAGAUUAACCCACAGCUGGAACUUUCGACGGCGGAGCGGCCGCAGACCCCAGAACGGCGCUUUUAAAUCCUCUUUCACAGAUGAUUGUAAACACCGCCAGUCAGUCACAUGACCUGCUCGACUGUGAAGCCAAACUUUGUUCUCUGAGCUUCACAAACCAAAGCACCUUCCUGGUGGACUCCCCGUCCGUCUGUGAUGGACCGGAGUCUUUUACCAACCAGCGCCUUCUGCACGUUUGUCCUUUUCUGUGGAUUUUUCUAAAGAAAGACUGAAAAUGUUUAGAUGACACGCCGCUCACUUUCAGGAGAAACUUUUCUAUGCAGGUAAAAAAAUGUCACUCAGGUGUCUGCGUGUCCAGAUUCCAGGAUGUAAACGUCAACAGGAAUCAUGUAACUAGAACACAAAACAAGAACUGAAGUCGUUCUGGAGAAAAAGGAAAAGCUGUUCAGGUGGUUCCAGCUCCACAUUGGUUAGCAGACGGUUUCUUAUCUAAAGCUCUGAGAGGAGCAAAUGUCCUCACAGUUCAGGAUCAGUUCUGAUGUUGGAUGUUGGUGUUUUCCUGUCUGAACUUCUGGGCAGGACCCAGACCGGCGUUCCCCCGGAGGGCGCCCAGAAUUUUAUUUAAGACUCAGCUUGACUGAGCUGCUCAAGGGUCUAUAUUUUUUUUUUGUCAUCUUUAUUUGAGUCUUUGUAAACAAAAGCUUUCUGAAAGUGUUCAGUUUGACUCAGAGCAGAAACUUCAUUUUAUCUGAAGCAUUUUUCUGUACAGAUGUUUGAAAAGUUUGUUAAAGUUUCAGGUUUUAUAUUUCAUGUGGUGUUAAAAAAACAGGAUUGUUGUGUCUAAAAUUUGAAGAAAAACUAUGCAAAUAAAUGUUUUUGGAUUGUGCUUUUCA